AUGAAGCUAUCUCAAUUCCUCAGCGUCGCUGCGGUGUGCGGAUUUGCAGCUGCAAGCCCUGUCCCAGGCAAUGCCAUUGCGGAACGCGAGAACUUAUAUGCCAGACCCUAUGGACUGAAGAUGAAGGACGAUGCGUUUAAAAAGCGUGAGAACUUAUAUGCCAGACCCUAUGGUCUGAAGAUGAAGGACGAUGCGUUUAAGAAACGUGAUCCCCAAAACACGUACGGAAAGGCCUACACCUUGAAGAUGAAGGAUGAUGGAUUUGAGAAACGCGAUGAGUAA